AUGGAUAAGCUGCCGGUAGAGAUUCUGUCCAAAAUCAUCGAUUACCUCGCGCCACGAGAAAAGGUCCAACUCCAAUGCAUCUCAAAAAAGUUCUUUGAACUCGCCCGUGAUAAUAAUCAAUGGAGAUUGCAUUGUUAUGACCAGUCAUGGGCUGCUCGAACUGCCCGCUCCGCUGCCAGGCCAUCGGAGAGUGUUAUCGCCGACGCGACUGUUUCGUUGACGACUCUAGGGCAGGAAUCGCUACGCGAUAUCAUUCAGCCUUCUGCCCCGCCCUCGAACGGAGAUUCUGAUGAUAUCCGGGGACUAUCUGCAGGUGAGAGGGCGAGGGCAGCAGCGGAAUGGGACUCGUCGGCUGAAGGGGAGCAUGUGGACUGGUAUUCAGAAUAUAUUGCUCGCCACGCUCCCAUCUCUUUAUCAUGGGUCGAACAGCCAUCAGUCCGCAGUGGUGAAGGGAAGAAAGGGCAGUCCUAUGAGGUCAAAGGCAUGGGGCUGCUCAAAGACUGGAGUUCAGCCAGGCAAAAUAAGAUCGUUGCCCCGCUUGAAGAUGGCAGCGUCUGUAUCUGGGAUCUGAACCACUCGCACUCGGCUGACUCCCAAGCAAGUAAAGGCAGGAUCCUUGGUGUUAGUGACCCUGGCAUUCUCAUGACCAAUUUGUCUGGUCGUCGGGAUCAUUCACCCUCUAAGACUUCAUUGGAGUUUAUAAAUCUAGGCGAGGGGGUGAGCGUGGAUUCUCUACGACAAAGAGCCUACCUAGCAGUUGGGAAUGUCCUCAAUGAAGUUGACCUGGAGACACUAAAGGUGAUUUCACAGCAGCGGUAUCCCUGGUCGAUCUUCGCCCUUUCCCAGGAGACUGAUUACUCUGUGCCCUUGACACUAGCGACUACGCUUAGUCUGCAGAUAUAUGACUCCAGGCUGUCUGCCGUUGAGGAAGAAGAGGCGAUCAGCUCGCGAUGUGAGCAGGUGGCCAGCUCAUAUACUCCCGAAUUGGAUAUAUUUCCCCAUUCUGACUCACCCUUGUUCCAACUCCAAUCCAAUGGACAGCCACCUACUCGUAUUCGCAGUCCGGGACCCUCAGAUACAGGAGCCAACUACGCGCCGCUGUUCCAACCUGGUCCUCUUUCGAUCCUGCAUCCACCAGCUCCUCAUGUGAAUACCAUUCUCCUUGCGGGGCGCUUCCCCAGCAUCCUAUGUUAUGACCGCCGCUACUUUCCUCGGCUACAGACCACAGUCCAUUCCGGCGGCCGACUAUGUGGUCUUGCCUCAGUACCUGCGCCUCGAUUCCCUGUCUUCUCAGACCCCACCUACCCCGAGUCACAUUCUGUUGUGGCAUGUGGAGACUAUAACGGACGGGGUUCGCUGGAACUCUAUAAUCUCAAAUCAGUAUCCGAAGGCCAUAGCCCCUCGAACAUGACAUCCACCCUCAGUCCAGAAUACAAGAACCGCCAAAGCGCCGCGAGCUCUAAAUUACUUUCCGUGGGGUCGCACGGGAAUCGCAUCGUCUUUUCUGACGCCGAGGGGAACAUCAAAUGGACUGAGCGAAACGGUCGUUCAGAAGUCCGACGGUGGAAUAUCAACACCUCCCAGCCUCAGAUUCCAUUCGGUCGUCGCAGCCGACAGCAAGACGUAGGGGCAGAAGAGGAUCAGCAACCGCGCGGGCUCUGGCCUUCCCAAUCACCAGGAAAUAAUGAGGUAGCUCGCAAAAUUCUCCCCACUGGUGGAAAUCUCACUGGAGAUGAGCUUCUUAUCUGGACUGGAGAGCGCAUUGGUCAUCUCAAGUUCUCCAUUUCUGCGAAUCAUGAGACGGAGGUUGAAGUUGAUGACGAUGACGAUGUGUUUAUGCAUGCAGAGGUCGAUGAAGCUACACGCGAAGAGAUGCGACAUAAACGGCGUGAUGAUUGGGAGAGAGAGCAGAGGUAUGGGGACUACAUGCGCCGCGCGCUUGAGAGACAGGCGGAUGAGGUCCGCUGGAUGGGCAGUCAAGGGCUUGGUUGA